AGUUCAUACUUGUCUUGAUCUUCUUGUUUUGCUUAAGUUUUUUAAUGUAAAUACAGCCUGUCUGUACAUGCACACGGAACACACCCAUCUUCCCGUAAGACGGUUAAGUCUUCUUGCCUCUUCAAUCGUCUCACCCAUUAAUUUCGCCUCAUCUUCUCUCGCUCUCACGCUGCUGAUUUUUCCCCUUUUUGGAGCCCGGAGACCCAGAAUCCGCACGAGGGCACCAUGAAGACCGCCACCACAGUGUCCCUGAGCAUGCUCAGUCUGCUUGUCCUGGCAUCCUCUUCACCUGUGACCAUCAACACCCCUGUUAUUCCUCACAGUCAAGAAGUUCUCACAACUCAUCCAUCCGAUGGUGUUCAAAACACCACCAGUCACUCAGACAAGCAGACAAAUACCACGACGACCAACAUCACCAAGACUACGAGCAGGGCUGCAUCCUUCCAACAUCUGUCAGUAAGCACCUAUAGCAUCAUCUCAGCAGCCUCUGGCAGAGUGGGAGGGAAGUCAGACAGCACACCACAGAACUCCACCCCAAAGACAAAAUCAUGGAAAACUGCUACAGGCAUGGUGAUCCUAUUCCUGGUCUUCUUUGUGGGGUUGCUGUUCCUGAUCUGGUGGCUCUGGAGGCCGCAGGGCCGUAGGUGGGCGAGAGACACCACGAGGGCCACCGUGCGCCGGCUGAGGCUCUGGCGGCAAUCACACCGCAGAGAUGGAGGUACUGAGGAAUGUGCUUCUGAUGACGGUUCCAGUUUAGGGGGAGAAGAGAUUGGCGAGGGCCUGAAGGUGGGUGCGGACGACGAGGGUCAGACAGAAAGGCAAAGCAGCACUAGCACUGAUGGAGAGGAGGAGGAAGUGCAAAAAGAGAGAGUGACACAAAUGGAGAAGCAGCCUCACAAUGACAUCAUGAUAGAGGACGACGAAAACCAGGAAGACGGCAGAGACUUGACAAUACUGUGAUGGGGGGGGGGGGUUUAAUUUGACUACAGUGCAUGACAUGUAUUAACUUGAAGGCAAAUGUGCAUCCUGCUGCUGUAAAUGAAUGCAAAGCAGAAAUAAACAUGUUCACAUACCA